AUGGAAGAAUUUGGUCCCGUCACAGGCGGCGGUUGCUGCUGUUUUCAAUGUGUCCGCACGCAGGAAGUCGCCGUAGUGGAAGACUUGGGUCAAUUCAAGCGCUUGCUCGAUCCCGGUCUACACUGUCUGUGUUGGCCGCUCGUGUCCAUCGUAGGACGCCUCACGCUGCGUAUUCAGCAACUCGACGUCGUGUGCGAAACCAAGACGCGGGACAACGUCUUUGUGCAGGUAGCCGUGGCGGUACAGUACCGCGUACUGGCGGAAGCCGCCUACGACGCCUUUUACCGACUCACCGAUCCCCGUGGACAGAUCCAGUCCUACGUCUUUGACGUUGUGCGCUCCACCGUACCUAAAAUGGAACUCGACGAAGCCUUUGCGAGUAAGGACGAUAUCGCCAAGGCGGUUCUGGAACAGCUGCAAAGCGUCAUGCUCGAGUACGGCUACGAAAUCCGUAACACGUUGGUGACGGACUUGUCGCCGGAUUCCAAGGUCAAGGCCAGCAUGAACGAAAUCAACGCCUCCCGGCGUCUCAAAGAAGCCUCUUCGCACAAGGCCGAAGCCGACAAGACCCGCCAAGUCAAAGCUGCCGAAGCCGACGCGGAAGCCCGUUACCUCAGUGGGCUCGGAGUCGCCCGGCAGCGCAAGGCCAUUGUGGAAGGUCUACAGGCCAGUGUUUCGGAAUUUAGUAGCGAAGUGGAAGGUGCACGACCCAAGGAUGUCAUGGAUAUUUUGCUGCUCAGUCAGUACUUUGAUACGCUCUCCGUAGUAGGAGCCAACUCGCUGUUUUUGGAACACGAUCCCGCCACCGUUGCGGCGCUCCAAAAUUCGGUCGGAGCCAGCUUUUUGAAGACUGCCAGUGGUGCCGGCAAGACCGCCUAA